AUGGCAUACCGAUGUGACCUGUGCAACAAGGAGUUUCCCUCUAAGAGGAACUGUGAUAAUCACAUGAGAAACCACACAGGAGAGAAGCCCUUUGAGUGUUCACUCUGCUUCAAGCAGUUUGCGCUUGAUCAUGAUCUGCGCAGACACCUCCGAAUCCACACAGGAGAGAAGCCCUUUGAGUGUUCACUCUGCUUCAAGCGGCCGUACUGGGCCACUGCCAGCAACACGUCGGCCGACAGCGGAGUCUCCUCGCUGAGCAGGCUGAGCUCCAGCCUCAACGGCAGUGCCAACGGCAGCGUCAAUGGUAGCCUCAACGGCAGCCUCGGGAGCAACGGGCAGACGGCGGCGAGUCCGGGUCCCGCCCCGGGGCCCACGCCAGCACAAGGCCUGUUCGGGGCGUUCCACCACUGGGCGCUGUCGAGCCCCGCGCUGCGCCCCGGCGUGCCCACGCUGCCCCUGCCCCUGCCCGCCCUCAGCCCCGCCCACCACCACCACUCCCUGCUGCCGCGGCCGCUGCCACCGCCACCGGAGGCCAUGGGCCUCGGUGGGCUCUUGGGUAGCCACCACGGCCUCGGGGCCACCAGGGUCCGCGACGCGCCGCCGCAGCACGCCGUCCAGGCGCACCAGGCGAGCUACCACCAGCACGCCUCCGACAUGGAGACCCUCGUCAGCAACCUCGGCCGCUCCAAGCAGGGCCAUCUGUGCAUCUACUGCGGGAAGGUGUACUCUCGCAAGUACGGCCUAAAGAUCCACAUCAGAACACACACAGGUUUCAAGCCUCUCAAGUGCAAAUACUGUCUCCGUCCAUUUGGCGACCCUAGCAACCUCAACAAGCACGUCCGCCUGCACGCUGAAGGAGACACACCAUACAAGUGCGACCUGUGCGGCAAGGUGCUGGUGCGGAGAAGGGACCUGGAGCGUCACGUCAAGUCGCGCCACCAGGACGGCGACUGGGACAGCAACGAGAUGGACACGGACAACGACGACGCCGAGGACGACGUGGACGUCGAGGUCGACGUCGGCGAGGAGACCAAGAGCAACGACGAGGAUGAGGAGAGGCCCCUGCACUGCAACGGCAGCUCGCUGAAGCAGCAGCGUGAAACGGGCGUGCGCGGUCGCGCUGGGCUGGAGGGGCGCCUCGAGGGGCGGCUUGAGGGGCGGCUCGAGGGGCGGCUGAGCGCGACGGGGGCCGACAUUGCCAUUCCAACCGCCUGACGGCUCGGGGCGGACCAAGUUCGACAGAGAGUCUGUGUGGUGUUCCUUCCUAUAAGUCUGUCCUAUUGUAAAUUAGAGAGUUUUAUUUUGUGUUAAUCUAGUCAUAAGUGAUAAAAUUUUUAAAUUAGGAGAGAAAUGAAAAGAAAUUUGAAUUUAAAAAGA